AUGUCCAUCCUGAACCUGUUCACGACGGAGGUGGAGUCCAGCCAGCUGCGAGACGCCGAGCCUCGGAAGGUGCAGUUGAACCAUCUGCCGCUGCUCAAGCACCCCGUCUUUAUCAGCGCCAUCGACAAUUUCCUCUCGCAGGACGAGUGCCGCAGAUGGAUCGACUGGGGCCUGAAGACGGGGUUCGAGGAGGCGAAGCAGAAGCAGACCGCCGAGAUGGCCUUCAGGGACAACGGCCGCAUCGAGUUCGAGAGCGACGAGAUCGCCCAGACGAUCUGGCUGCGGCUCAGGCCGUUCGUGCCCGAUGCCGUCGGCUCCGCCAGCGCGACAAGGCGCGCGCUUGGCUGCUCCCCGCGCAUCCGCGUGUACAGAUACGUCAAGGGCCAGCGCUUCGGCCAGCACGUCGACGGGAGCCGGGACGAGCCCUCCUUGGGCGGCCGCACCCACUUCACAGUCCUCAUCUACCUGAACGGCGGUGACCAGGAUUCGCUCGAGAACCAGCUCAAGGGCGGCGAGACUGUGUUCUGGAAAGACCGGGGAGGCAACCCGACGACGGUUGCGCUGUCGUUUCCGCCAACCCGAGGCAUGUGCAUGUUCCACGGUCACGGGGACGAGUGCAUGAUCCACGAGGGUGCGACGGUGCUGGACGGCGUGAAGUACGUCCUGCGCACCGACGCUGUGUACGAGCACGACCCGUAA